GUUCACUUGACCGACCGUGUUUGUUGCAGAGGGAAUACACACGCUCGCUCUGCCGCUGGCUGUUUCAGUCAUGAAGGACCUUCACUUCAAAGACUUUUUCUGGUGUCCAGAUCUGACCUCCACUGUUGGCUACGAUGCCAUCAUUCAGUAUCUCAAUGACGGAAAAAGAACAUGCAAAGAGGUGGAGGACUUCAUGAAAGCUAGGGCUUCAAUCGAAGAAAGGUACGCCAAAGACUUGCUUGGUUUGUCCAAGAAAGUUUGUGGACACAAUGAGAUGAACACAUUAAAAAGAUCGCUGGAUAUGUUUAAGCUACAGACUGAACAUGUUAGUCUAUCACACUUACAACUGGCACAGAGUAUGAGGGAAGAGGUCAAGAAACUGGAAGACUUCAAAGAAAAGCAGAAAGAAGCAAGGAAAAAAAUAGAACAACAGAUGGAUGCUCUCCACAAACAGAAGUCCUCAUACUUUAAGAAGACGAUGGAUUCCAAGAAAACAUAUGAGCAGAAGUGUCGUGACAAAGAAGAAGCGGAUCAGAACAUGAACCGAAACACUAACACGAACAACACCAAGCUUGUGGAAAAGCUCCAUUCAAAAGCUCAGCAGGCAAAACUGAAUGCAGAAGAAGCAGACAGAUUAUACCAACAGAAUGUUAUAACUCUGGGGAAAAUUAGAGAUGACUGGCUGAAGGAGCAUGUGAACGCCUGCGAGAUAUUUGAAAAACAGUCAAUAGAACGUAUUACCUUCCUGAGGAACACAGUGUGGACUCAUCUCAACCAGCUUUCACAGCAAUGUGUCACCAGCGAUGAGCUAUAUGAGGAAGUGAGGAGGUCACUAGAGCAAUGUGAUGUCCAGGAAGAUAUCGAGCACUUUGUAAAUCUCAGACGGACCGGAGACAAACCCGCAGCUCCAGUCGUGUACGACAACUUCUACACAGGACUAAGGUCUCAAACUGGACCACCGCCUUCCCGGAUGCCUCCACCAGCUGUGAGAAGGGGACCACUUCCUGAUCCAACACAGAACAACAGAGAUGACUCGCACCACGCUUUGGUGCAGGAUGGAGAGUACAGUGUAAUCCAGUAUUAACACAUACAGCUCCACCAGUUUCAGACUUGCCCGUUAUAGCCCAUUACUUCCCCUUUUUAGGCUUCCUGUAAACACACACGGUCAUAUCAGAUGGAAAAUUUGUGUCAUAACUAUCUGCUCAGACUAUGUUUCACUUUAGGUUUCGUCAUGUGUUGAAUGUGCUUUAUGAAAUAAAAUAAAUAGGUUUGAAGCUAAUGUAUAAAAUAAAUUUAUUGAUCAUAAGCACUCAUGAUCAGUAUUUUCACUUCACAGAAACUUACAUAAAUCUUAAGCCAAUAAUGCAAAUUUAAUUGCAGUGUGAAUUCUGUAGUUAGGUUGGAUUAUAUAUUUGUUUAUAUUAACUGUGCUUUGAUUAAUUUUUUUGCAUUAACUUAAGACUUUCCCAGAUUUAAACAUGCCAUUUGUUUACCAGUUUUCAUUUCCUUGUUGAUGUGAAAGUGACUGACCACUGUCUCGUGAGUGGCAAGAUUCUCACAUUUUUAAUGCAAGGGCAAAAAAAGUCCCAAUCUAUGUUAUUUAUUAACUUGAAGUUGUUAAAUUUUUGCAAAAACAGCCCUCUUUCAAAUCCACAUCUAAAGAGGAUGUACAUAUAAAUGAUAUAACCUCAUAAUAUCUAUAUCUUCACCAUCAAUCCUUUCAUCUAAAAUCUCAUAAAAAAGAGUGAAAUUAUUGAAGCUAUGCCCUUUGAAUUUGUCAUUCUGUAUUUUUAUUAAUGUAUUAGUGAAAUGAAGUUGAGUUUGAGACGGUGGAAAAAAGGAAAUACUGUUGCUUCAUCCGUCUUCAUUCCUACUACACUUUCAGAGAAUUUCAUAACUUGUGAAUUUUUUUUCACAUUUUGCCAUGUCACAACCAUAAACUUCAACGUUUUGUGUGGAAGUCGUAUGUGUAUGACGGAGCAAAACACAACGGAGUGCAUAAUUGUUAAAUCGAAGGAAAAUUAUUGUUUUUAAAUAUUUUUGAUAAAAAAUUUCCUGAAAAGAGUGGUGUGACUUUCUAUUCAGUGCUUGUUAACCCUGUAAGAAUCCAAAGCAACCAAGAACAAUGGAAAUAGUAACUGCAUAAUGUCUGAAACUUUGCAGAUUACAUAGAGGCCUUGUAAAGAGCGAGGGCUAGCUAACCCUUCCUGUGGUAAAUAAUCCUGAAACAUACAAUCAAUGCGUCCCAGUUGAGAAUCUUCACAAUUUCUGUUCACAUGUAUUCUGAUUCCCUCUAUUUCUCAAAAAAAUGUAUCCCAGUUUGUAGUUGUGAAGAUAUGUCUCAGAAUACUCUAUGGUAAGAGACGGUUCCACAAAGUACUGACUUGGGGGAGCUAAAUAUGAUGCAUUCCAGACUUUUUUCUUUAUUUGUAAAACAAACAAAAAUACAACAGUGUCAGCUUCCUUUCAUUUUACAAAUAUGCGCUGCUUAGUAAUAGACUGUUGCAUAAAAUCCCAAUAUAGUUCACCGGCAUUUACUUGUGUCGCAUUGUAAGAUGCGACACAAGAAUCUAAAUCUUUCUAGACAAGUCAGCAAUUUUUAUUGUGGCUACACAACUUGUUUUUUACGUCUGUUAUUUUCCCCAAAACAUUGCUCUGCUACUG